GUCUCAAGAAUCUGUUCGCGGUUGUCUGUAUUUUGUUUUAUUAUUUAAAAGUACUGGCUCCUUUCAAUUUCCAGAUUUGUUUGUUGUUUCUUUAGCAUACGUAGUGCUUUGUCACGCGUAGCCAUAUUCCCCCAAACAGCGACACCUGCCCAUCCCGAGGCUUCAUUCCUAUCUUAGACUGACACCAAAUGUGUGACGGGUAUGUAACAGCUGUAGCCACGCUCCGUCACGACAAGGCUCGUUCGCCACUUACUGGGCUCGAAUGCACGACCUCCGACUUGCCAAGCGUGACCACUACCAGCUACGCCAAAGAAAAGCUAGCUCUUCUAUGGUGCGGGUGUCCUGUUACAUACCUGAGGAGCGAGUUUCACGCUCCGUUACACAAGCUCGAGGCAGCACGGUACCCUGCAUGUCCACUACAUCGGGACACGCAGCCUAAAGGACUUGCAGCGCAGAACAGCGCGAGAGCUCUAGGCUUCUUAACUUGCGACCAAUCACCAUCUCACUAGCUUUCACCUGCUCGUGAUCAGCUGGUGCAGCAGCUUCCUGUGUGUCCGCCAGGACGGAGCAGAACGGAGUACUGUUACAGUAGGACUCUUAGCAGAUAACCAUGCAGCCACAGUCGCGGACGCUAAGAAUUGAAUAUGGAAAAACCACGAGUGUUACAUAUGUUAUUGGGACGGAAGUCACCGUGAACAUAAACAGGAGUGCUCCUCCCAGCUCCAGGUUCUUCUCGGUGAAAUGCAGCCCCAAGCUGCAGAUGAGGAUAAGCCCCUGCCCCUCAGACACUGGCCCCGCCCCCCUCAGGACCAGCUCUGUGUUGGUGUUCUGCAUGGACUCCCCCAGCGAGGCUGUGAACGACAGCAAGCUGUCUGUCAUGUACUAUGGGAAAAACAGCGAGGUCCUGGCCAAAGCUGUCCUGCACCUGACCUCAGUUGAGAUCUCUCUGGACGUGGAUGCUGAUAGGGACGGCGAGGUGGAGAGGAACAACCCUAACAAGGGAUCCUGGACUUGGGGCCCGGACGGCCAGGGAGCCAUCCUGUUGGUCAACUGUGACUCUGAACGCACCUAUGGGAAGAGAGUGGACAGCGAGCAAAAGGAUGUCACCAGAGUGUCAGAUCUGAAGGACAUGUCUCCGAUGUUGCUGCGGAUCCGAGGCCCCCCCAGCCUGCCAGAAGGCUACAAGCUGGCCCUGCACGUCUCCCAGAGGGACGCCUGCAGCCUGCGCGUCUUCAGGACCAGGUCCACCGAGGACGUCCACCACAGCCUGAUGAACCUGUUCUACAGUUCCUUUGUGAAGGACUACCCUCUAGUUGUGGGCAAGGAGGUUCUCUCUCAGGAGGUUCCUUACCGUGGAGGGAACUCAGAGAGCAAGUUCUACGUGGAGGGCCUCCGGUUCCCCGACAGUGACUUUGAUGGACUCGUCCAGAUCAACCUCAGUUUGUUAGAACCCAGCUCCAAGGGCUGUCCUGAGACGCCCAUCUUCACAGACCGAGUUGUGUUCAGGGUGGCUCCCUGAAUCAUGACCCCCAACACCCUCAAACCUGUCGAGGUGUUUGUCUGCAGCACCUCUGACAAUGCCCAGUUUGUGAAGGCAGUGAGAAAGCUGGUCCAGGACUAUGGCUGCAAGCUGAAGAUCUGUAGUGAGUUCAAGAACAGAGGAGACCGCUGGAUGCAGGAUGAGAUGGAGUUUGGCUACAUAGACUCUCCUCACCAGCGCUUCCCAGUGGUGCUGGACUCUCCUCGGGACAGAGGCCUGCAGGACUUCCCCUUCGACGAACUGCUGGGCCCAGACUUUGGCUAUGUGUCGCGCCUGGCUAACUCUGAGGAGGUGACCAGCCUGGACUCGUUUGGGAACCUGGAGGUGAGCCCUCCUGUGACAGUGAACGGGAAGGAAUACCCCCUGGGGAGGAUCAUCAUCGGAGUGGCCUUCCCUACGACGACCCAGGGUCGCAACAUGACAAGGGUGGUUCAGGACUUCCUGUGGGCUCAGAAGGUCCAGGAACCCAUUGCGCUGUACUCUGAUUGGCUCACGGUGGGUCAUGUGGACGAGUUCAUGACCUUUGUUCCCGCUCCUGACAGGAAGGGUUUCCGCCUGCUCUUGGCCAGUCCUGAAGCAGGCUAUAAGGUGUUCAGACGCCUACAGGUCCACGGACACGGACAGGCCAACAUGUUCGACGGUCUGGGAGAAAAACAUGAGAUCAAAGUGGAUGAGAUUCUGGAAGAUGAGAAACUGCAAGCAGACAAUAACUUUGUCCAGGGCUGCAUUGACUGGAACCGAGAUGUUCUGAAGAGAGAGCUGGGUCUGGAAGAUGAAGACAUCAUCGACCUGCCCAUCCUGUUCAGACUGGACGAGGAGGAUGGCCGUGCAGCAGCCUUCUACCCAGACAUGGUGAACAUGCUGGUGCUGGGGAGGACCCUGGGGGUCCCCAAGCCCUUCGGGCCCCGGGUGGAGGGCCGCUGCGUGCUGGAGGUGGAGAUGACCCGUCUGAUGGAGCCGCUGGGGCUGAGCUGCACCUUUAUAGACGACUUCUCCACCUACCACCAGCUGCUGGGAGAGGUGCACUGUGGCUCCAACGUGCGCAGGGAGGCCUUCACCUUCAGGUGGUGGCACCUGCACAUGUAGGAGGGGGGCCUGGGGGAGGGGG